AUAAGUUCUCGAGCUCGUUUAACCCCUUGGCCUAUGAUUUAAGUUCCAACAUCGUGGGUCCGAAACGUGUAGUACUUCGUCGUGCUGGAAAUCAUCAGUAUGUCGGAUCGUCAUAGUAUGAAGUACCUCUCGAUGACUUCUGAUCACACCCAGGAAGCGUCGAGAGUAUCGAAAGUCCAUAUCGAUAUCGCAUCCAAGCCAUCAUGGCCGCGGACCCGCCACAACGCGUCUGUAACUAAGUUCAGAUUAUUCGUUGGUAUCCAGUUAGGCAGAAUUUGUGCAGUUCGACGUUGUUUAAUUGCAUCGAAUCCUGAGAAUGUCGAAGAAAAGGAAGAUACCGAACAUCAAUGAAAAAUGUCGCGUCUGUUUAACGGACGAAGGUUGUAUGAGUAACCUCUUCACCGAACUAUUGGAUCUGAAAAUUAAAGACCUAACCAAAUGCACUUCCAUCGAUAUUAAAGAUGACUCCAACCUUCCAAGGAAUCUUUGCCAUGUCUGCCUUUAUAAGCUAGACAUGUGGAGCGAGUUCAAAGAGCAAUUUGUUCGGUCCAAUGAAAUGCUGAUGUCCCAUUGGGAACUCUCCGAAGCUUCUGAACAUGAUGCACCAAAAUCUAAGAGGAAGCCGGAAGAUCAUGAAGUCAAUUUAUACGAUAGUCCGUUGGAAGGUAUCAGCAAGAAGAAGUCAAAAAUGGAUAUGCCCCCUUUGAUACCUUUAGAAUUUGCAAGCGUCGAUUGUGUUACCGAUCAAAAUGCUCUUAAGGAAAUGUACAUUUCUGAAGAAGAUGCAGCAGCGAAUCAAGACGCAGAGGCAAGUAAACAAGAUGACAAAGAUAUCCAAAAGAGAGAGGAAACCAGGCCACCUGUUAAGCCUACAUUAGUACCGAUGAAAGUUAAACACAUUACUGGACGAAGAGGAAAAACUACAGAGAGACGCAAAGCUUCAACAAAACGCUGGGUGGCACGAAAGAAGGCUCUACAAGCAGCAAGUGGAGAAAAUGCUUCGGACACGGAUUCAAUCGCUUCGGAUGACACCCAGUUAUCUCCGGUACAAAAAGCCAGAGCAAAAACAAAUGCAGACAAAGAAGCCGAAAGACAAAAGCGACUAGUUAAAACCUUAAAAAGUUUAGAAGCUGAUAUGUCCGGAAAGUACGGGAUUAGACAUGAUAGCGAUAGCUUCAUUUUUGCAGACACCGACUCUGAUGCAAGAAGGACGAGAUCUCAGAAAGCUGUAACAGAGGAAAAACUAAACGAACCAAUUAAAAAAUCGAAAAGUGACAAUCAAAGUCUGUUAAAAGACUCCGUAGUAAACAGCAUAAAAUAUGUAAACAACAAAAACACAAAGGAAGCAUCUGACAAAAUGGACUUAUCCAAUGCAACAAAUACAGCCCCUGCGUCAAAGCAAGACAAAUCUUUGGAUCUGAUAGAAAAUUUUACACCACAGUGUGUGUGCUCAGAAUUGGAAAUUGGGGAUGCAACUUAUAUUGUCACAUCGACAUUAGUACUUUCUGAUGCACAUUAUUUGAAUAGUCUGUCAAAGUCUACCGGCAGCAUAAACACCGAUGGCAGUCACGAACAGAAUACAGAUAUCAUCGAUGCUGUACAACUGCGUAGGAUAAAUCCAAGCCAGGUAGAUAAUAAUAAAGACAAGUAUGUUGAGAGAUGCCUAAAUAUAGAGGUUGAAGGUACAGAAUUAAAAGCUUUGCAACGUGUUCAGGCGGAAUUAGCAGCGUUUGUUGAAAAAGACAUGAAAAAGAAAUUACUAGGUACUAGUGAAGAUGCUUCCGAUAAACCUAUUAUCGAUAACAAGCCAAAAGACUCUUUCCAAACCUUGGAUCAACAGUUAAAAACCAUCGUUGAGAAAGCCAUAAAGAAGAACUGGGAGACUUCGAAGACUAGGAAGCCUCCGAUGAUUAAAGCUCCUUCUCUGCAACAUCAGCGGAUCAGACUCUCACCUGCAGAUAUUAAAGCUGCUCUAACUUCUAACGAGUUCCAACCAAAGGUUGUCCUCGUUCGACUGGAUUUAGCCGAAGCCUCAAAGCGCUACCGGAUUAACAAUCUCCAUAUUCUGGAACGACCGAAACCAAAAAAUAGGCUCUUGGGACCCCUCAGUGUUAUAGGAAAGAGAUUAAGUGUGCCACCGGCUCGCUUCAGUGAUUUUACAACAUCGGCAAUUGACUCAGACGAAACUGAUUCUAAUCAGCAGAUUGUGAUGCAAGCUCCGAAGACUCAAAACCGACCACAGAAUGUAAGAACAUUUGGACCAGCCUCUGCAAAGAGACUAGCCCUUGAGAAGAAAAAAGAAGAGAAGUCGAAUUGCGAGACAGCCGAAUGUGACACAACGACAAAGUCACUGCCUGCCCCGAGCGCUGUGAAAAAAGUAAUCACCAUCCAAAAGCCAACCGAAACGUCAACUUUAAGCAGGCUGGAACAAACUCAAAAGAAGAGACAUAUUUGUGGAGUAUGCGGAGCCGUUUUCACAGAACGAAAGGAUGUGGAGGUUCAUUUAAUGUCUCAUAAGUCAGAGUCCUCCACUAUAACUAAACAGCCUAAGCAUAGAAUGAUGCGCUGUAAGAGGUGUCAUGAAAUUGUUGAAGCCAGACUCGUCAAAGCCCAUGUCUGCCAGCCACUGACAAAACUGCCACACAAAUGCUACGUUUGUAAUGCAACUUUCAGAACCGAGAAACUACUGGUUCAACAUUUGGAAACUCACGACGAAGCAGAAUUUAAAAUAGAAUCCGUCAAAGUUGAUUCAGCUAAUUUAAAGACGCCUUUCGUUAAACCAGAAACAACGGUAAAGACAGCUAACGUCACCAGUACGCAGGGUGACAAUAGCAUCAGUACAGGAACAAUGACGAAGGAAAAAGAUGUUCCAAGAACACAGGAGAAGCCUAAAGAAAUAUAUACUUGUUUCGUUUGUGAUAAAACAUUCACCGACGAAGAAAUUCUCAAAGAUCAUUUACAGAAACAUUGUGACGACAUGAGCGAAGAUGAGCAGAGCAAUGGAAAGGAGCAGUAUCAGUGUGCUAUUUGCAGCGAAACCUUGGAGUCGGAAGAGGCGUUGGAAAGCCAUGUGGAGAAACAUUUGUUUGACGAUGAAGAUGACAACCCUAAUCUAAUUUCUAUAGAAGUCGACAAGGAGAAGCCUCAAGAAACAUACAAAUGCGAACAAUGCUCCGAAGAAUUUGAAUCGGACAUGCUCCUUGCUAUGCAUUUACAAGCUCAUGAAGAAGAGAUUGCCAUAGCUGAAUGGGAGAAACAGGAAAUAAAAAGUCAGGACUAUGAGUGUACUCUUUGUGAUGAAGUGUUCGAUACCGAAGAGGGACUCUCCGAACACCUUGAUGUUCACAAUGGCAACGCUCAUGUCUGUUUACUGUGCGACAGACCAUUUGCCACUUUGAUAGAAUUACAAAAUCAUGUUGCGACUCAUUGAUGUGAAAUACGGCAUGCUUGAUAUCAGAGAUGACUAGGAUUAGGUAAUUGAAAAUCAUUUCAUUACCUAGUGUCUAUAUACUGUGUAAUUAGAAACAGAUUUAAGUACUGGAUAUUGUUAUACUAGGUAAUUAGGAGGUCUGUCAAAUAUCUAGUGUUUUUGUACUGUAUAAUUAAGAGGGAUUUAAUUAUCCAGCGGCUUAUCGAUGUGUAAAUAUGAACUUAAUUGAUUAGCACCUUUGUUGUGCAACUAAAAACCAUUUUAAUUGUUUAACAUUUGUAUCAACCAUAUGCAUUAGAGCAAUCCAAUAAUUUUGAUUUGUAAAUGAAAAAAAUCACCGAUUUGCUGUAACAUAAUUUUAAUUUUAUCAAGGAUUGCAAAUGAAUUAAUAAUGAUAUAUUGCCAAACUUUGAACUCAAUUUUCAAUUACACAACACGUAUCCGUGAAGCGUUGAAAAUUGUAUCAACACCAUUUAAAAUGUUAAACUACAACGGUACCGCGGAAAUGAUUUAUUCUUAAUUAUGCAGUACAGGAAGCAUAUACAGCUGAUUUGUACUCGAAGUACAAUCACGGCUCUUGAUUGAAUCUAUAUAUUAAAAAAAAAAAGCUACAAUUAUCUUAUAAAAAAGCUACAUUGAUACGAACUAUACUUACCUUGUUAAAGAUGGUACAUACUUAUUGCAACUACUGCAAUAGAUUUGCUUAUAAUCUACUGCAAUGAUCAAUAAAAGCUACACGAUAUAAUAAUAUAAACAUCGGGGCCGGUUAUUCUUACGUUGUGGAAUAUAAUCUCAUUUCUACUGCUACCGAAACUGCUGAGAUGCAGAAUUAAAAAAGUUUACAACUAGACAAAUCUCUCUUAAUAAUUAUUAUUAAACUGUAUUUCAACAUUAA